AUGCAUUAAAAUCAGGGGGGAAGAGUUUUUGGAAAGCAUCUUGAUAAUUAUGUUGAUAAGGCUUUAAAGGAUACAAAAGACAAAAGAAAUGGGAUAGUUGAUGAAAUGGGAGGGAAAGAAAAUGCAAUAAAUGAUGCUGUUUCGACAAGGGAUGGUUUGUUGAAAUUUGAUAGUCCUUAACAGGUUUUGCAUUAUCAACAAGAAAUAUACGAGUUCCUUCAUUAGCGAGAAUAAGAGAGUUCUGGAUCUAAGUUAUCGAUUGAUUAAAGGAAAAUCAAUGAAAAAAUGCGAAACACUACAAUUAGGUUUGUGAUAAAGUAGGCCAAAAUGUAUAAUUUGAAGUCGGAAACAUUAUUCCAAACAGUGGAUCUGAUAGACUAAUCAAUUCAUCAUAUAAAUCCAGAGGCAGAGAGAUUGGAGCUCAUUGCAAUAACAUGUUUAUUCAUUGCUACUAAAUACGAAGAAAUAUACCCACCUCCUUUGGGAGCUUUGCUUAGAGGCACAGAAUUAAGAGUUAGAGAAGUUAUUGAAAUGGAAAAGGAAAUAUUAUAUAAAUUAAACUUUAAUGUUAUUAGUGAUAAUACAUUAAUUUGGUUGUAAUUGAUAGGAGAAUUGUUAGGGUGUAAUAAAAGAUAUUUGGAUUUAAUAAAACAAAGAUCGAUGUAUUUGGCAGAACUUAGUUUAAGUAAUGAUCGAUUUCUAAGCAUGAAGAAGUCUACAAUAGCAUUGACUAUUUUUUUGGCAGUGGAAAUGUAGUUUGGAUAUUAGAAGACAUAAUUCUAAUGGGAUCGUUUGUCUCAGCAUUCUAAACCUUGCAAAGAUUCUAAGCCAUUAAGAUUAUUUGCUUAUUGCUUAAAAAAUUGAUAUGAUUAUUUACUGUAUGUUUCUAUUUAAGA